AUGUCCUCCCAAGAUCGACGCAGCAUGAUUAUACCCACGGCAUUUAAUUCAGCAUGCAAAGCUAUGUCUUUUAAAACCAACGUGUUGGUGGUCGGGGGCUCGUACGCUGGCCUCUCAGCAGUCAAGAGUUUUCUUCUCCAAGCGAGAGCUAGGUUUCCACAAGGAAAUGGAGAAAAUAGUCAAGGAAUCUCGAUCACGCUUGUGGAGCCUCGAAGCGGAUUGCUCAAUGUCAUCGGAAUUCCCAAGGCUAUAGUGGACAACGACUUUGCUCGAAGCCAAUACAUUCCAUUCGAUAAGCUUCACGACUUGAGCUUUGAUAGCACGUUGAGCAAGGACGAAAUCCUCGUGAAAAUGAUGGACGAAUGCGCUAACAACGAUCUGGAGGGCCACAAACCCAACAAAUACUACGGCAUUACACUCAACUAUAUCCAUGGAAAGGUCACCAACCUAGACGUGAACACUGCAAAAUAUGAGCUAGUAGACGAACACACGCAAAGCACCGAGGAAAGUACCAUAGACUUUGAUUAUGUCGUAAUGGCUACUGGAAGAGACCGUUCGUGGCCCACCACUCCCAAGGCAUACACCAUGGAUUACUAUGCAAAAGAAAUGAACCACGCCAGAGAACAGUUUUUGAACCAUGAUAUUGUGACCAUAAUUGGCGCUGGAGCGGUAGGUAUAGAGAUGGCUGGUGAUAUUAAGCACAAAUUUCCAAAUAAAACCGUCCGACUCAUUCAUGCUCACGCAUUGUUUCCUCCAGAACCUUUAAAGGACGAUUUCAAAAAAAUGAUAUACGACUCACUCGUUCGGGGUGGAGUUGAAGUGAGAGAAAACGUUCGUGUCAAAGAAGAAUUGGAAAAUGGUGAUUUGAUCACCACUAACGGCGAGACCAUAAAAUCAUCCUACAAUUUCUGGUGCAAUUAUCACCGUAACAAUUAUGAGUUUCUAUCCCCAGAGCUCCAGAAGACAUAUGUCACAGAAAAGCACGAUAUCACCAUCAACAAUUACCUUCAGCUCUUCCAUGAGCCAACCAAACAAACCGUACCUCACUUCUUUGUGCUCGGAGAUUUGGUGGAACUUCCCAUCAUCAAGUCUGCUGGCUGGGCCAUGUACAUGGGCCGGCAAGUUGCCAACAACAUUAUGAACUUGAUCUACAACGGACUGCUUGUAGAACCCCUCCCAGACCUUGCAAGUAUCCCAAGGGGAAUGGUACUUGUUGGUGGAUCCGAAGACAUCGUUUCCGAGCUAGCAGGAGAGGUAGAGUUGAACCAUGCUGGCUACGUUCAAGAGUACAAGGAUUACUGUGUAGGAAAAGUGCGUGCUACCAUGCAAGUGUAG